AAACAAAGAUGGUGGAAGGGGCGCCAGAGCCUGUCGUUGCCCGUAGCUGAGCAACGGCGUUGGCGGUUGUGGGCCUUGUCUGCGGAGGGGCCUGGAGCCGCCAUUAGGCCUGAGCAGGACAGGAGAGAAGGCGGAGACUCAGGAGGGGAGAAGCCGCCGCCGCCCCUCGAGGUCAGCCUGUUGAAAAAUAGAAGAUGGAUAUCCGACCGAACCACACGCUUUACAUCAAUAACGUGAAUGACAAAAUUAAAAAGGAAGAACUGAAAAGGUCUUUAUAUGCGCUGUUUUCUCAGUUUGGCCAUGUAGUGGACAUUGUGGCUCUGAAGACAAUGAGGAUGCGGGGACAGGCCUUCGUUAUAUUUAAAGAGCUUGGGUCGUCCACCAACGCACUGAGACAGUUACAAGGGUUUCCGUUUUAUGGUAAACCGAUGCGCAUUCAAUACGCAAAAACAGACUCCGACGUCAUUUCGAAAAUGCGUGGCACAUUUGCCGAUAAAGAGAAGAGAAAAGAGAAAAAGAAAACCAAGUCCUUGGAGCAGUCUGCUAAUAGUGCAAACAAAAAGCCAAAUCAGGGAGCAAACCAGUCAGCAAAUGCCCAAGCAAACUCAUCACAGAACCAGCAGGUCCCCGAUAAUCCACCGAACUACAUUCUCUUCCUGAACAACUUGCCAGAAGAGACCAACGAAAUGAUGUUGUCGAUGCUGUUUAAUCAAUUCCCUGGUUUCAAAGAAGUCCGUUUGGUCCCUGGCAGACACGACAUUGCAUUUGUGGAAUUUGAAAACGAGGGACAGGCAGGAGCAGCUCGGGACGCCCUCCAAGGAUUUAAAAUUACCCCCUCGCAUGCCAUGAAAAUUACUUACGCCAAGAAAUGAUGGAAGUAAACUAUGGAUACUCAAAGGACUUGCUUAGUUUUUUUUUCUUUAAUGUGCCCUGAAGGGUUUUUUUUAUAUAGAUUGAGGUGUGAUACUUCAGGUUUAAGGAAAACACCUUGUUCAAAAUUGCCAGGGGUCAUUCAAUGGACACCUGUAAGAAUUGCAAACGCAUUCAAGGAAUGCUGUCCGUUUGUGCUGGCUGUUAAAUUUUUCUUGAUGUUGAUCGGUCGGUUUCAUUCGCUGUGCCCCUGGGUUCUUCACAGCGAAGUUCUCUUUAAGAAAAGUUGCCUGUUCAGGAAUAAAGCUGCAUUUAUUUCUUAAAAA